AUGGCCGCGGAGCAAGCGUUAGAGAUGCAAGUUCGAACUGAAGAUGGGGCAGAUGGUAAAGGGAAACUGGCGGCUGGCAAAAUAUUCUACAAGCCGGGUGUCAUAGACGAGGAGACGGAUGAAACAAGCGCCUUCGACAGCUCUAUGGUAGAGUCUCCAAUGCUAGGAACCGGAUACGGAACUAGUUUCCUAAGACCCCCACAGAUACACCCUUCAAGUAGUUUGCAUCGUAUUCCCACAUACAGCAGCUCGAUCGGGCAGAGUACUGUCUAUCGUCAAGACACAUGCAGACUCAUCUUAAUGUAUUCAACUAUUCAGUCGGUCGCCGCAAUGGGCUAUUGUCGUCUAAAAGCGAACUCAUUUUCAGUCUUUGUCUCGCGUGCAGUUAUGUCUUAUGACGUCCAGCACGUGUCCCCCGUCAAUCUUCAUUGUGGUCUCUUAGAAUCUCGCGAUACAAUUAUAAAGUGGUUAGCGCCGUCGACGGGCGGUCGUGACCGCGACAUUAUCGCGGGCGAUGCUUCAGGAGAUACGUCGGGGGAUGCUGGCGCAGAUGUGUCUCUGCGACUGAGCCGCGCGGACGAAGUGAACACAGCGGAGAUGCACGCCGACCCGGAGUCGCCCGCCAGCCGCGAGGAGGCUCACCUCCUUCCGGACGAGUGGCUCAAGGUCAAGGCGGUGCCGGCAAACGGGAACCUCUCCCCCGGCGUCUACUACCCCACAGUCGGCAAGAGGACCCGAUCGCAUAGGCACGGUGCCACGAGGAGGACGAGGCGUCGGGCCAUUCUCAAGAAUGGGGAGUGCAACAUACUCAAGUCGCGGAUCUCGCAGCGCCGGCUGCGCUUCCUCCAGGACAUGUUCACAACGCUCGUCGAUGCGCAGUGGCGGUGGACUUUACUCGUGUUCACGCUCUCGUUCAUCCUCUCGUGGCUCGGCUUCGCCCUCAUCUGGUGGCUGAUCGCGUUCACCCACGGCGACCUGGAAAUCGACCAUCUGCCCCCGAUGCAGGAGUCCUCCAACUGGAAACCGUGCGUGUUCAACAUAUACGAUUUCACUUCGUGCUUCCUGUUCAGCAUCGAAACCCAGCACACGAUCGGCUACGGCUCCCGAACGACGACGGAGGAAUGCCCCGAGGCGAUAUUCAUAAUGUGCUUGCAGAGUAUCGUCGGCGUAAUGAUACAGGCGUUUAUGGUUGGCAUCGUGUUCGCGAAGAUGACGAGGCCCAAGCACAGGACGCAGACGCUUCUGUUCUCGAAAAACGCAGUGGUGUGCCAGCGAGACGGAGAGCUCUGCCUAAUGUUCCGUGUCGGCGACUUGCGGAAGUCGCACAUCAUCGGGGCCAGCGUGAGAGCUCAAUUGAUACGAUCCAGGACGACGAAGGAAGGCGAGCUUCUGUCCCACUACCAGACUGAAUUGGAGCUGAAUGCGGACGGAUGCGACAGCAAUCUGUUCUUCAUCUGGCCCAUCACAAUGGUCCACAGGAUAAACGCCGAGAGUCCUUUCUACGGGGUCUCCGCGGCGGACGUGCUGCAGGAGAGAUUCGAGAUUGUUGUAAUUUUGGAGGGCACGAUUGAGUCAACGGGGCAAACGACACAGGCGCGUUCCAGUUACACGACCAGUGAGAUUAUGUGGGGCCACAGGUUCGUGCCCUUAGUGACGUAUAACCGCGAGCGUCAAGGAUAUGAGGUGGACUACUCAAAGUUUGAUGAAACUACGCAGGUUGACACGCCACUGUGCUCGGCUAAAGAGCUGGACGAGUUCUAUGGCAAUCAGCCAGACCGUAGAUCAAUCGCGUACACCGGAGAUACGUCCCUGCCCCGUGAACUGAUUUUCAAUGACGUCAAAGGCGUGCCGGGAUCACCGCUCAUCAAUAUCGCUGACAGGCUCGUCGUCGACGCCAUCAGAAGGGCCAGCCUUACAAACAGGCCGUCCAUUGUAAAAUACCCACCCGACUACUUCAACAGCAACGGUGAUAAUUCCUCAUCAUCCAGUGAAGAUGAGGAGCUCAAAAAGAAGUCGAGUUCUAGAAAAGGCAGCGACAAAGGAGCC